UGGCAGCACGGCGGCGGUAGCUGUAGCGGCAGCAUCGGCUGCAGUCGCUCGGGCUCCGCUCUGGGGGGUGGGGGGGCGGUUGACACAGCUUGCCUUGGGCCCUGGCAGCCCCUGGGGGAGAGGAGGCUGUAGGGGGCGGACCCGCCGACAGCCGGCCCAGAUAUCUUCCGUGGGUACUGAAAUCCAGCUUACUCAUGCCUAUUUCCUGUGAUGGAUGAAUCUGACAUUAAUGUGAGUUCCGGGGAGGGUUUCAGGUAUGCAGAGAAGAUUGGACUGCUCAUCUUCCUCUCUGCAGUCAUCCUAAUGGCCAUACUGGGGAACCUACUGGUGAUGGUGGCUGUGUGCAGGGACAGACAACUCAGGAAAAUAAAAACAAAUUAUUUCAUUGUCUCCUUGGCCUUUGCGGAUUUGCUUGUUUCGGUGCUGGUCAUGCCAUUUGGUGCUAUUGAACUGGUCCAAGAUGUUUGGAUUUAUGGAGAGAUGUUUUGCCUGGUCCGAACAUCUCUAGAUGUUCUGCUCACCACAGCCUCAAUUUUCCACCUGUGCUGCAUUUCUCUAGACAGGUACUAUGCCAUCUGCUGCCAGCCUUUGGUCUAUAGGAACAAGAUGACCCCACUACGCAUCACCCUGAUGCUCGGAGGCUGUUGGGUAAUCCCCAUGUUUAUUUCUUUCCUCCCCAUAAUGCAACGCUGGAAUAACAUUGGCAUAAUAGACUUGAUAGAGAAGAGGCAAUUUGAUCAAGACUCAAACUCCACCUACUGUAUCUUCAUGGUCAACAAACCCUAUGCUAUCACAUGCUCAGUGGUAGCCUUCUACAUCCCAUUUAUUCUGAUGGUCUUAGCCUACUACCGUAUCUACAUCACUGCCAAGGAGCAUGCACGCCAGAUUCGGAUCCUGCAGAGGGCUGGCACUCCUGCGGAGGGUCGCCGAGAACCCCCCGAUCAACAUAGCACUCAUCGCAUGAAGACAGAAACCAAGGCCGCCAAGACCCUAUGCAUCAUCAUGGGCUGCUUCUGCCUCUGCUGGGCCCCAUUCUUUGUCACCAACAUCAUUGACCCAUUUGUGGGCUAUAGUGUCCCUGCCCAGCUGUGGACCACUUUCCUCUGGCUUGGCUACAUUAACUCAGGCCUCAACCCUUUUCUCUAUGCUUUCCUGAAUAAGGCAUUUCGUCGAGCUUUCCUUAUCAUUCUGUGCUGUGAUGAGGAACGUUAUCGGAGGCCUUCUAUCCUGGGUCAGACAGUCCCCUGUUCCACCACCACCAUCAAUGGGUCUACGCAUGUGUUAAGGGAAGAGAGAGAAAGAGAACACCACUGCUCUAAUGAAACUCUACAUCUGGCGGCCAGUCAUCCCCCAGAGUCAAUCAAGGUUCCCCACUGUUCUGAGAGUCACAGCCGAUGACCAUGAAUGAAGCAGGACUCCCUAGAACUUGUCGGGGGAAUCCUGGGUACUGGACACUUACCUACUGAAGAGGCGAUAUGGCAUGAAAGCACAGGCAUCCCAGGACAUCAGAAUGGAGUCUAAACUCCCCGUGGUCUGGUAGACACCAGGACAGGGCUCUGCUCCUUCUUUGCUUCCAGUGGCAAGAAGCACCUGCUGACCAAACACCCCUUGGGGCCUCAGUCAUUUUGGUUGUGAGCUCAGCAAAACCAAAGGACAAUUGAGGUUGCUGGUUCCUUCUUCAGAGGAAGAUACAAUCAGAUUCCAUUUUGUGAGAAUGGCACGCACUGGUUCAAUGAUUUGGGCUAGGUCCAUCUUCAGAGGCCAGUGACAUCUCCUGAGAAAGACAGAGGCUGGGUCCAUCUUCCUGGAAAGCAUUGUGAUAAAUAGCUCUAGCUAGAACUGUGAAUAGACAAAGUGGACCCAAUUUUCAGAGGCAGCCCCAGCCUUGAGAGAAGCUUCAAUCCACAGCAAUGCCCAGGAGAAAAUAAGAGACUAUCCAAAUGUUAUGCAUGAUUUUUGGCUCUGUGAUGCUCUAUGAUGUCCAUAUAAACAGACCUGCUGUCUCUGUUCUCUCAGGUCUUCUGCAUUAGUGUUUUCUGGUUUUUUUAAGUUGUAGAUUUUGGGAUUUUGUUGUUGUUGUUGUUUGCUUCUCUAGUCAUUGUGGUUGUUUUCAAAUGUCUCUCCUGUAGCCCCCAAAAGGCAAAAUAAAGCAGCCAGCUCCCCUUUA